GCAGGACGCUGCGUGCGCGCCCCUUGCGGUGUUUACAGGCGUCUCGGAGCCGCUGGUGAGGCGAUUCUCGCUCCGGGAGUGAUAUAAUCUGAUUUACUUUGUCAUGUGGGAUUAGUUGAGUGGAAAUAAAAGUACUACAAUACAUUGCAUUUAAUUUAGAGUUAUUUUAAAACUGAAGUAAGAAGCGCCAUGUAUCGGUCUCUAUACGCCUUCAAGUCGAAGGAGGCGAACUCGAUGCCGUUCUCGGCCGGAGAGAGUUUCCUCAUCCUGGAGAGGAGCAACCAGCACUGGUGGCUGGGAUCCCGCUGCAGCUCCGGGGAAACUGGCUACAUCCCGGCCUCCUACCUGGAGAAAAUCCAGGCUCCGGAGCAUGAUGAGGUUUUGCAGUCGAUAGACAGAGCCAUUGAGGGGAUCCACAACGUGGCCAUGAAAAACGGAGGGAAGUACAACCUGGAGCAGAGAGAUGUGCUGCAGAAGCUGAUCCACCACAGGAAGGAGACACUGUCUCGCCGGAGUCCAACACCAUCCAAUCACAAAACAGGAAUUCCUUCCUCCAGCAGUGAGAUGUCUCUGAGCUCCACCCACCAAACACCCAAUGGCCUGAGCCGGGCUUACAGCUGCCAGGCCAGCGAGUCAAUCACAGAUAACACAGAGAAUGUGAAUGUAACAGGACUUUAUCAGGUUCCUCCUCAGCCUCGUCGAGCUGCUCCCAUAACUCCACCCCCUCCAGAGAAACGGAAGGAAAACCGACGCCUAGGUCCUGAGGUUCCAGUCAGAGUGAUCUCCUCUGGCUCCACCCUCACCCCUGGACAGACCACCCCUGUAUCUAGUUCUCCGACUAUAAGCUCCACCUCCUCCCAGUCCAGCUCCACCCACUCCAUUCUACUCUCUGAUGACAGCCUUCCCAGUGCAUCUAGCACUCCACCUCCUGUGCCGAGCCGAACAAAAGCCCCGCCCCCUCCUCCUCCUGACAUCUCUCAAACCCAGAAGACCCCGCCCCUUCCACAGCAUGACCUCUCCCACUUUAAAAAGACCAUGCCUCCUCCCCCUCCACCUGAGCUGUCCCACUCUGAAAAGACUCCACCUCCUCCUCCACCUGAAUCCUCCUCUUUUUCCAACAAAGGUCCGGCCCCUCAACCCCAGCCUCAGCCAAUCACAUCUGAGCCUUACAUUUCGGACCAGUCAGAAGCCGAGUGGCCCUCAGCCCCGCCCCCUGUAUCUUUCAGCCCCACUGGUACUGACAGCCCCACAUGUUUGUCCUUGGUUCCCAUGACGACAGGGGCCGAGCUGAUUGAGCUUGUUAGAAAGAACACAGGCCUUAGUUAUGAGAUGUCACGUGUCGCUGUGGGCGUGGUCGUUGGCCAUCUCCAGGCGACCAUCCCGGGGGCGGCGGCCGAACUGGAGCAGGUGUUGCUCUCUUUGGUAGAGAGCAAGGACCUGAGUGUGGCCUUGCCACGGGGACAGGUGUGUCACGAUGAACAGAGGUUGGAGGUGAUCUUCAGUGAUUUAGCUCGUCACCGUGACGACUCGCAGCAGCGCAGCUGGGCUCUGUACGAGGACCAUGAGCUGAUCGCAUGCUACCUGGAGGAGCUACUGCAGAUACUGACAGAUGCAGAUCCAGAGGUGUGUAAGAGGAUGUGCCGGGCCAAUGAGUCUGAGCCUGUACUGUCUCUUGUCUCUUAUUAUCAGAUGGAACAUCGUGUCUCUCUGCGGCUGCUGCUGUUGAAGGUGUUUGGUGCAAUGUGUGGUCUGGACGCCUCGCUCAUCUCCACACUGCUCAACUCCAUCCUUCCCAUGGAGCUCGCACGAGACCUUCAGAGCAACACACAUGAACAUCAGAAGAUGUGUUACACAGCACUGGUGUUGGCCAUGAUCUUCUCCAUGGGAGAGCAGCUGCCGUACCGCCACUACGAUCACCUGAACUCUGGAUUUAUUCAGUUCCUGUUGGAUGUGAUUGAGGACGGACUUCCAUCAGACCCGACAGAACAGCUUCCUGACUUGAGCGUCAACCUGCUGCUCGCCUUCAACCUGCACUUCACAGUGCCGGAGAGUAAUGUGGUGAUGCAAACUCUGAUAAAGAGACACAAUGUGAAAUCUCUCACUGAGAAAAUCCUGCUGCUGCUCAACAGAGGAGAGGACCCUGUGUGUGUAUUUAAACACGACCCACCGGCUCCACACUCUGUACUCAAGUUCCUGCAGGACAUUUUCUCCAGUCACAACACGGCUGACAUUUUCUACCACACUGACAUGAUGGUGAUGAUCGACAUCGUAGUCCGGCAAAUCUCAGACCUGUCUCCAGGAGAUAAGCUGAGGAUGGAGUAUCUCUCACUCAUGCACGCCAUCAUGCGGUCCACUGAUUACCUGCAGCAUCAGCACCGUUUCUCUGACCUGCAGGCGGCACUGCAGAGGAUUCUGGGAGAGGAGGAUGAUCCCGGUGAGGACGAGAGCUUGGCUCAGGCCAGAAAGAUGGACAAGCUCAUAGUGCAGCAGAUUUAUAAGGAGUUCCCUCAGAUGGGCGCAGACUGAUGGCUGCGUCCCUAACACUGACCGAGUGCACUACACCCAGGUCCCCUACUCACAGGAGCAGGUGUAGAGUCGCACUUCACCGAGUCUGACAUGUUCCAGGAAUUUCUAAACAUAACAUGCUCAUAGAGAAAAAAAACAAGUGCGCUACCAUAUUUUCCAGAUUAUCGCACACUAAAUUCUCUGAAAUAAUUCACUUUAAUUAGCGAAGCAUCGUUAACCCAAUCAGCCGAAAGACUCGUUUAUUGUACAUAAGCUACGUCCAUGAUCCCUAAAGACAGAAUUCUCAUCAUCUCCUUGCAGCAAAGUGACAGCGCUAGGGUCCAUUAAUACAAAUUUUGAUGAAACGAUUGUGCAAAAAAUAGCAGGAGUCUGUAUUCACACUGCUAACUAUGUGCGGGAUUUUAUCAUCACCACUUCCUGUUCCUGCACCUUUAGACUUCAGGAGGUGGAGAUUCGAUCCCGAGCAAAAACUGACUGCACUGAGGGGGAGGAAAGGAUGGAGUCCCCCAUAAUACCACAACUGCACCAGUCUUUAGUUCACAUUUAUUUAUGUCAAGUGAAAUGCUGUGCAGACUUAUGCAGAUGUUCUAACACCUGUAUCCACCUUAUAGUAUGGGAAAUACAGUAAUGAGUGCUGGAGGUCAAUCUAAAUGAAACUGGACUUCCUCAGGCUUCUGCAUCAGUGUAAGGGAAUAAAAUAAAUCUGAUGGAACAACCUGCGAAGCUUUUUCCUCGUUAGUGUCCUGCCACAGGUCGUACACACUUCAUCUGAAACUCAGCUUUAAUCUCCUGAGCCUUGCUAAACCUCCUGUGCUGUGUCCCGGUGAACUUCAUGCUGCAGCAUUCUAAAUGUCACUGUUCUUCAUCCGUCUUUUGGUUCAGAUACAUAUCAUCUCGCCUCGUCUCAGUUGCUACCUCUCUCCUCUUUUUUUUCUGGGAGUUUAAGUUUGUUAAUUCCAUGAUGUACCGGUGGAGAAUCCCGUUCCCUGUCUGUCCAUUAUUACACACUAGAUCAAGGGUACAGAGUGUGAUUACUUUCUGUCAGUAUUAUCAUUCACACACGCUCCUUAACUCCUUCACACAUAGACAUUCAGUAUGAAUCGAGUGUGGGUCUGUUUCAUGUCGCUUUAAUGAUGCGUGGAAGCUUAUAUCUUCUCUCAGAGACGAUGGUGUUCGGAAGGGAAAUGGUAACAAAAUGUAUUUUCGUAAACACUAAUAAAAAUGCCAGUCAUCCUAAUGAACACACUCAUGAC